AACAUAAAUCAAAAGUGUACUCACAAAACAAAACAAACCCUGAUGGCUCUCAAACAAGCUAUGUGGAAGUGGAGGCCUCUUGCGGCGGCGGCGGCGGCAUGUGCUAGGUCGAAGAUGUUUUCAUCAUCAUCUCUUAGUAUUCUGUAUGGUCCUGAGAGUGCUAAUUACCGACUCUAUGCUCCUGAUGUUUUAAAUUUUUACAUGGACAUCAGGCGUGCAAAGAAUGGACCUGAUGCUCAUAAGUAUGAGGACUGGAACGUUCCCGACGAGGUCCAAGGUUACAUAGAUGCAGGGCCGAAUUUUGAGAUCAUGCUGUAUGAUUUGAGAAAGCUCCCUAAGUUGGCUGCUGGUGACCUUCUUCACCGAUAUGAUCUUGUACAAAAGAUUGACGAUGAGAUUGAUCUGGGAGGCAUUGACCCAAAUGCCAUUCCUUGUUAUAAGGAACGCUAUCACAGUGGGGAAGCCAAGCAAUUGAAGACCCUUCUUAAUGAUAUAAAAAGGAUCAACCGCAAGAACAACAAGUUCCCAAAGAAGAAGAAGAAGAAGCCGAUCUCUGACUACCCGUCCGACAGUGAUGAUGAUGAUCCUGUCGAGGGUCCUCCUUAUGACUAUGCUGAUGAGUGUCGAGAGUUCACCCAACAGUACAACAAGGAGCAAAACAAGAACUUGGAGUUUUUGGGGGUGACUAGAGUUUACCUGGAUGAAAGUUACAAGACCCGAGUUCAUGUGUUCCGAGCUGCUGAUCCAUCCGCUGCCCGAGUGCCAAUCCUACUUGAAGCGCGUUGUUCCUAUCCUGAUAAUAGGUUGCUCCAAGUCAAGCCCUUUAAACCAGUUCCUGUCCGUGGAUUCGGAAAGACUUCUGGCCUCAGUGGAUUGGGAAAGCCUUCUGGCCUCCGUGGAAUGGGAAAUCGUUCUGGCCUCCAUGGAAUGGGAAAGCCUUGUGGUCAUUUGCUCUAUGAAUGUAAAUAAAUCUGUGUCUUGGAUGUGUAGUUCUAUAACAGACUCUGUGAGCUGAUAGUGUAGUUGUUCUCUAAUUUAUGGUGGAAGCAGUAGUUCAUCUGUUACCAUAAGUUAUGGUGGAAAUAGACCAGAAAGACUAUUUAUCUAUAACAGAUCUUCCUGAAUAUGUAUUAGGAUCGUUUGUUUACUACUUUGCCAGUUUGGAUGUGUAAUGCAAUGACAUGUAAUGGAGGCUUUUUGUCUGGACAGUGUUAUCUCCCUUUUGUGCUUGAAGCGUGAAUUAAGUUCAUCUCUCUCAUUUAAGAUUUUAG